AUGUGGGCGCAUAGCAUCAUUCUCUGUGAAAGUGCCUGUGAGAUUGUGGCUAUGUCUGGGAGAGGAAAGGGUGUUGGUGGGAAAGUUCGCUCCAAGGCGAAGUCCCGGUCGUCCCGGGCUGGUCUGCAGUUCCCGGUGGGCCGUGUUCAUAGGCUCCUGAGAAAGGGUAACUAUGCUGAGCGUGUGGGUGCCGGAGCGCCGGUCUAUCUGGCUGCGGUGCUCGAGUAUCUGACGGCUGAAAUCCUCGAGCUGGCCGGUAACGCGGCCCGGGACAACAAGAAGACCCGCAUCAUCCCCAGGCACCUCCAGCUGGCUGUGCGCAACGACGAGGAACUCAACAAGCUGCUGGGAGGGGUGACCAUCGCUCAGGGCGGGGUGUUGCCUAAUAUCCAGGCCGUGCUGCUGCCCAAAAAAACCGGCGCUGGGGGCGCCACUAAAAAGUGAAGAGACUGUUAUUUCAUCUGACGACCCAAAGGCUCUUUUAAGAGCCACCCACAGUAUCUGUGAAAGAAACUAGACCCUCACCACUGCCGAGUUAAUUUUAAUUUCCGGUAA